UACAAGAGCAUCGCCGUAUGAACUGAUGGUGGGUGGCAGCUGCCAAGCCGGGACCUGGCUUGGCUGAGAUCCCUGCCCUUUUGAUUCCUUACUAAAUGAUUGCUUGAUCAAAAGCUGAGCUUAGCUUCCUGGCAACCUCUGCUCCUUAGAAGUCCUCCUCCUUAGGGAAUUCUGACCAUUUAAAAAAGGGGGAAGAGGGACAUUUUAAAAACCACAGCAAGGAGUGAAGAUGGAAAAGGAGAGCAAGGCAUCCACCCAGUAUGGAUCCCUGGAAUCAACCAAGUGGGCUGCAGCAGAUUCAGGCAAAGGGGAAGAAAUAGUUUCUAUGGCUGACUCUACAGCUACCCUUGAUGACAUUGAAGGAGAACUUUGCAAAAUUGAAAGAAUCAAGGAAGUUCUUGUGCGGAGAGAGUCAGAGCUCCGAUACAUGAUGGAUGAUAUCCAGCUUUGUAAGGAAAUCAGCAGGUUGAAAAAGGAGUUACAGAAGUUGAUUACAGUGCCAGAAAAUAAAAAAUCAAAAGACGACAAACAGAAGGAGGACGAUUUAGUGCAACAAAUUCAUAAACUUGUGGAGACUCGGGAUUUCCUUGUGGAUGAUGUAGAAUUUGAAAGGCUCAGAGAACGAGAAGAAGAUAAGGAAAUGGCUGAAUUUUUAAAGAACAAGCUUUCCAAAACCUGCCUUCUGAAAACAACUCCUGUAAAAGAAAAGAAGAUGACAUCAAGAGGACAGCAAACCUCCCCACCCUAUGUAACAAAGACAGGCCUCAUUUUCUUGAAGGAGUGCUGUGGCUUCACCUGCUCAAUCAUGUAGGCUGGAGCUUAGGGCCAUAUCCUCCACACCAAACACAAGAUCCAUUCAUGGGUAAGCCCUGCCCACUUCUUAGUAAACCGGAUCCAUUCAAAUCAUAGCAGAUUCACAAGCCUAUUGAGCAAAGAUGAGUGAUUCCACUGUGGAUAUUAUGUUGACAAAAGCACGCAGGGAAACUACUAGGACCCUAAAGGUCUAUACAGUCCAGAGUUUGGUGGAGAUCAGAAGCAGACAACACAAGGACGGUCGUGAAAGAGAGCCAAAUUAGGGACACAGACACAGAUAUUUAAUAUCAUGUUUACCUCUUAUAAUUAUUGUAACAGGGACAGCAUCCCAACCCACAUAAUCCCAAAUUAGGAUGUAGUUUUCAUGUUGGUGACAGAUUUAUAAGCUCUAGUGACAUAGGUACAGAAAUGCACUGACACAGAUCCACAUGCACACUCAUUUACAUACAAAUUAGAAGGACUGAGCACUUUCUUCCAUUUCCUACUAUUCUAAAACAGGAAGAAUCAGCAGAAUGAUUCUCAAUAUUCUGGAUUGCUGCUCUUCAUCAUGUUGCAUCCACAUUGCCCUGCUUCUAUGAAGUUUCCUAGCAACUGUGGGACUCAGAGCUGUUUGUAUCAUCUCCACAAAGGUCACCUUCAUGUGCAGAAUGAUAGCACUGCAUCAGCAUUACUCUUAGAUUACUACAUGCAGUGAUCCUAUCAACAGAGAUUGAUUCUUUACUCCUGCCCUGCUUAUGGCAAAGACAAACGUCUAAUCAAGAACUGCUUCCAAACUCAUGAUUUUCCUACAUAAAUGAAAACUGCUACAAGAUAUCAAGGUGAAUGCCAUUGUGUAUAUUUUCAGUGCAACAUUCAGGAUCAAAUAUUUUGCUAUGUGGCAAAACAAAUUUUGCUUCAUGUUUGCACAUGAAUGGGAACACAGGUAAGAAAAGGAUAGGCCCUGAUUGUAAGGAAAGUAAUCCUAUGAAACUGUAAGACAAUGGAUGUGUAUUGAGUAACUCAAGCGUUUGAUUGCCUAUCCUUACAUAUUCCUAACAGCUCAUCCACUGCCUUCUUUAAAACCUCUAGGGAACAUUUCUUCAGCAUCACCUGAGAUAUUUCUUCAGGUUUUCACCAAAGAAGCUAUAUUUAACAUACAUCUUAGAUCACUUUUCUACAACCCACAUUCACAGCUGUUUCAUUGCUUUAGUUAAGCUGCUAUUCAUCUUCUAUGAUAUGAUUUUACAUAGCUAAAAACUUUUCUUGUGCCCCUUACUCUAGCUCUUUCUCCUAAGGUGAAUCAGAUUGUUCCCAAGUGACUACUGUAGAUUUUGAUGUCUUUGUAUUCUUCAUAGCUGAGCUACUGUAAAAUGUCAGGAACUGAGUAGGAAGACAUCUCUUCUCCAUUUCCUUUUCCUUCAGGUCUCCUGCAGCCACCCAAGUGUCCAACAGAAAGUAGUUUUUUCUAAGCAAGGUUUAUUGAGAUGAAGAAAAUAAUAUUACAAUAAUUUCAAGAACAGCGGUUCCCAUUCAGAACCAAUUUAUUGCCUAAUACAUUAGGGCAGAGCUUUUCUUAAUUUCUUUCUAAUUUCCUUCCAAUGAUUGAAUUAAAAAAGUAGAUCUCUUUGCCUAUCCUGGGACAGCUUGCUACUUAUACUGAAUAUAAUUUGAUCCUACUUGAGGUGGGCCAGGCCAUCACUUGAAAUUGAGAAGGUCUAUUUCAUUUUCAAGUAUUCAGAUAUCUGUGGAGAUUCCAAGUCAUCCAGGUCACGGUUGUCUGAAAAAUGCUUUUUCAAAAGGCAAUUGGACUUAUUUUCUUUUUUUUCCCCCUUGAAAACGUUUUGCUUUUCAUCCAAGAAGCUUCUUCAGUUCAGAUUUUCAAGAAGCUGCUUCAGUUCAGUAUUCAGAUCUUUAUUUGAUCCGCUAUCUUACCCAGAUAAAUAUAUAAGGGCUUCUGUCUUAGCUUCAUAUCCUACUUGAAUUUCCUAUUUGCCAAUAUCACAGGGUAAUCCUGAGAACUACAGUCAUCAUAAUCUUGAGGAUGACUAAGAGGUCUGUAGAUUACAUAUUCUACUGAGAUAUAAGUUAGUUUCACACUGCUUUUCAAAGAAAGACUAAAACAUUGACAUGGAUAGAAUAUAUUGCUUGCCUUCUUAAAAGUAGAUUCAAGCUCAGAAAACUAGCAUAGGUAAAGUUUGGAUUGCAGUUAAAAGGUAAAAUGAAAUCAUAGCUGCAACACAUGAGUAACAGAGUGAUCACCUAGAUCAGGGGUCUCAAACUCACAAUGUCACGUGACAUUUUUCCAUUGCUGGCAAUGGGGUGGGCGCGGUUUCACCAUGACACAUCCGGCCUGCUGGCUGGCAGUUUGACACCCCUGACCUAGUUGAACUGGAAGUGAUCAGAAUGAGAUCAUGGUAAAGGGAAGAAACUGUUCUAAAUAGCCAUGCUACUCUCUGGAUAGAUAGGUAACAAUUGUGCAUACUUUCUUAUAUUGCGGGUGCUUUUUAAACAGAUUUACAAAUUUGUCAGUUCCAUAUGCUUGCAUGGUUGAUAUACAUACAAUUUACUCUGUAAGGAUGUGGUCAAAAGAGUUGACUUCAUUCCUGAUAUCUGAGGAUUUUAUAUGAAGCCCUUCACUAAAUCUUUUGGAAUAUAAAAACCUUCUUUCCCAUUUGACAAUUUUAAAAAGUGUUGAAUUUCUCUGAUCACUGUCUUUUUCAAUUUUCACAAUUAAAAUGAUGGACAUGUCUUUGUCCUUCUCUCAGACAUAUAUUUUGCUUCCUAAAGCAUUGUGUGUCUUUUCUGCACAGGCAAAAAGCAUUGGGUUAACUAUUGAUGAUGGAAGAGGGAGAAAGUAUUGCUGACUUAUCCAUGGCUUAGAAAGGUCCAUACAUAUUCCAUAGAAGUCUUAUCUGUAUACUGGCAAACUGAAUCUCUAGCAUUAAAGGAAUCUCACACCAUAUGCAAUUAAUUUUAGAAAGUAUGCUGAAGGAAAAGUCUAAAAUUUUACUGUGAGACCACACAUUCCCCAGGGACGCAGUCCUUUACCCCUCCCUACUGUUGUCUAUAUAAUUUAAUUCUAUGUGCCUGGUUUUCUAUCUAUGCCUAUUGUUGAUGUCAAACUGGAGUUGUCCAAUUUUGGUUUCAGUAUUUCAUUUCAUAAAAUUCAACCAACUUAAAUGUACCAUCUUCAGCAUCUACUGUAUAUAAAUACUGUUGAUUUUCUCCAAGUUGAGGCAUGGAAUGACAUGAGAGAAGGUAUUUAUUGGCAGGAAACCCAGGAAUCUCUUAAGUAAUGAAUUUCCUAGUAUUAAUUAAUUUGGAAAAAUGGAAUGUACUGGAAAAAAACAGGAAAGUUUUCCAAACCAGAACGGACAGUAGAAUACCUACUCCCCACAACCCCUGAGAAUCAUGUCAAUAUUUAGUAUUGUCAAUUUCCUGUGUAAUAAUAUUCUUCUUUAUGUAAUCUUAGAAAUAGCUUGCAGGUCAUUAGCACCCCAAGAUAACUCACAUCCACUUCUCCCUCCUAUCGCAUCUCUUUUUGGACUUAUAUAUGAGUUGAAUUCUUCACAUCAUUAUGAUAGAUGCAUAAUUCAGUGAGCUUAUUAAAACCUUCCUCAUCUGUGUAAAGUGCCUAUAACUUAGUCCCUCUGUGAAACCUGACAAAACAAUACAAUAAAGUCUCCCUCAAAGCAAGUUUGAUUUGUUACAGCUACUCCUAUCUACAGUUACUGUUUUGUACAAUAUAGUUGUUUUUUUCUAUGACUCUGCCCCACAUUAUUGCUGUAAAAUAUUUAAAAGACCAGCAUUGUGUGGGCAGGAUAACUGUCCCUUGUUCUCCUUCCCAUGAAUGUUGUCUAUCUGAGAAUAGAAUUGAUAACUGUGGCAAGAAAAAUCCAUAGAGAUGAAUGUUAUAAAAGUGUCAUGAGGUGAAACAAUAAAAGAGUGAUUCCCAUGCUGCUCACAUCACAU